AUGAUGGGGAGUCUGCUGCGUGAUUCGCAGUCAGAGGCUGGAGUGCGGGCCUUGGGUGCACAGUCCUCUUCGGGGAGGGUGGGGUUUUACGGCAGAAGCCCAGAGCCGCUGGAGGGGGAGCGCCCACUUCAGGUGUCGGGACCCCUGCCCGAGAGCCUGUCGCUCCUGCUCCUGGCCCGUGCUGUGGAGGAGGGACGACCAGGCCCACAGCGUCCUGCUCGGCGGGGCACAGACCAAGGCACAUGUGAGGAAGGGCUUGAUUGUCCAAUCAGGAAAGGAGUGUCACCAUGUAGCACUGAGCGCUCAGAGUACUCCCGAGGUGCUGGAAUGGUGGACCUCACUCCCUUUUUGAGCUCACAUCUGAUUGCCCACCUUAUUCCAGCUGGAAAGAAUAAGGGAGGAAGGGAAAAUGAACAGAUUAUUUAUGAAGUGCCUACCAUGUUUGGGUACCUUACUAGCUACUUUCCUGUACGUUGUCUGAUUUCUAUAACAAUCCAUCCUACAGAUGAAGAAAUGAAACCUCAGGAAGAUGACAGAUGUGCCAAGUUUUUACAGCCUGUCAGCGGCAUGGCUGGGAUUUGA